GAGACUGGCAAAGAAGGUGGCAUAAAAACAUUGUUACAACAAUAAAUACAAUACAAACAACACAACUUUCACAACGAACACAUACAGUAGAAUGUCUCGUUAGGAUGCAUAUAGAGAAGUAUGGAGUUUUAAAAGUAUUCUCAUAGAUUUAAAGCAAUAGAUAAAUAAUACAUAAUGUAUUUAGCAGCAGACAAUGUAAUGCAUUGCUUGAAUAGUAUACAAUUCAGUUUCCAGUCUAGAACAUGUAAUUAAACCAUUACCCACUUCACCAUUUAGUAUUUGUAAUCUUUCAUUACAUAGAAAUAAUAAUGAUAGAACAGUUACUUAUGGUUCCACUUUCUGAUUAUAGAACAGAUAUAAAAAUGAUAAUGACACAGUCAAAUUGUAGAGAAAGCCCUGAAAGAAUGUAGGUUAGUCUGGGUGGUUCUUGGCUCGCUGAGUGAGAGGAGAGGGGGGGGCUUUUUAUGGGCUUAUGGGAGGACACGUGGAGAAGCAUUCUUCUCAUAGUUUCGCAACACCUCUUCAGCCCGCGCAUACGUCAGAUCUGCUCGGAGUGUAUAAAAGGAGAUGGGGAGUCCAGAAGAGGGAGAGCAAGCACUCGUCAACUCACUGCCAGGUGUCAGCCUCAUGUCCGAAGGACUGUCGGUGUCCCCCAGACACCCCCAGAUGUGCAACAGGAGUCAGUCUCACGUUGGAUGGCUGUGGAUGCUGUAAAGUUUGUGCACGGCAGCUCUUUGACGACUGCAGCAGGACACAACCAUGUGACCACACGAAGGGACUGGAGUGUAACUUUGGAGGAGGAUAUGGCUCUGCUAAGGGCAUCUGUCGAGCCAAAUCAGACGGACGAACGUGUGAGUACAAUAACAAGAUUUACCAGAAUGGGGAAAUCUUCCUUCCGAACUGCAAACACCAGUGCACUUGCAUGGACGGUGCUGUUGGAUGUGUUUCCCUCUGCCCACAUGAGCUCAUGCUGCCCAAAUUGGGCUGUGCCAAGCCCAGGCGGGUCAAGGUACCGGGACGAUGCUGUGAACAAGUUGUCUGCCCUGAGGAAGCAAAGACACAGAGCUCUGUGGUAAAGAAAAACAGAAAAAAGCACAGCAAAGACGAAGACGACCUAACCCACAAGAAUGAGUUGGCUCCUGCGUGGAGAGGAGAAUCAAAGUCUUUACCUGCUUUCAGGAGUCACCCAAUGGGCCACAUGUUGGUCAGAGGGGUCAAGUGUGUGUCUCAAACCACAGCUUGGUCACCCUGCUCCAAAUCCUGUGGCACUGGAGUGUCCACCAGGCUGACCAACAGCAACACCCAGUGCAAAUUGGUAAAAGAGACUCGGCUCUGUGAAGUCCGCCCAUGCAACAAAAUGACCUUUACCAGAUCGAAGAAAGGUCAGAAAUGUAAACACACAGAAAAGGCCAGCCGUCCAGUUAAACUGUCCUACGCAGGCUGCCGCAGCCUGAAAAAGUUCCAGCCGAGGUACUGUGGGUCCUGCUCAGAUGGGCGAUGCUGCAGGCCUCACCGAACCCAGACGUCAUCUGUCCGCUUCCGAUGCAGAAAUGGAGAGAUCAUCAGCAGGAUGGUGAUGAUGAUUGAGUCUUGCAAGUGUAGCCUAAACUGCCCUGACAACAACAAAAAUACAGCUGCCCGCUACAGACUGUUUAAUGAUAUCCACAAACUGAAAAUGUAAAGUUCUGAAUUUAAGUAGAAAAGAAGACCCUUUAAGUGCUGACUGACAGAAACAUUUGCACCCUGAGGUUGCAGACUGUAGGAUGUCUGUAGGAUGAAUGUCUUGAACUAUAUUGUUCAUGAUUUUGCUUCAUAACAUUGGAGCCUUGUGGUUUUGCUUCUUUUUGAAGCAGUUUUUUUUACAUUGUGAAAAUUCUUAUUUUUCUAGUUAAACCAAAACGUGUUUUAUUUUAUACACAAACUUAACAUAUUAAAGCCUCUCUUGACAAGACAUGUCACAUGGCAACAUGGAAAUGAUGUUAAAAACUAUGGCAGCUACAGUCAUUCCACAUAUGUUGCCAUGUCUCUGUUGAUUUUCUGUACUUAUUCAUUUUAUUUAUAAGGAUUAAUAUGUCAUACUUCACUCAAUGUACUGUUUAAUGAUUUAAUCAUGGGAUUAUACAAUAAUAUUGGUUUGAUGUCCUGUUCUGUACACUCGCCUAUGUAAAAUGUUCGAAUAUGACUGAAGGCUGGAAAUGUAUGUAAGUUGGCCAAUUAACUGCCAAAUUGUCAAAUUUCUGUUUUAAUUUUUCACAAAUAAACACAUAGAACAA